GUCAGAAGAUAAAAAAUGACCUUUCAAGAGAAAGAAAUGGCUAAUAUAAUGAUCAUUCCCUUCAUAGAUCAGAAGAAUGCACAUCUCAGAAGCCAGUAAUAGCUCUGGGUCUGUGAGUGAGUUCAUUCUCCUGGGCUUCCCCUGCCGCAGGGAGAUCCAAAUCCUCCUCUGUGUCAUGUUCUCCCUCAUCUACCUGCUGACCCUCCUUGGGAACGCAGCCAUCAUCUGUGCCGUGUGGUCAAGCCGGAAGCUCCAUACACCCAUGUACAUCCUCCUGGCCAACUUCUCCUUCCUGGAGAUCUGCUAUGUCAGUUCCGAUGUGCCCAAAAUGCUGGCCAACAUCAUCUCCCAGACCAAGAGCAUCUCCUACGCUGGCUGCCUGCUCCCGUUCUACUUCUUCUUCUCCAUGUGUGCGGCUGAGGGCUAUUUUCUAUCUGCGAUGUCCUUUGAUCGGUUCCUUGCCAUCUGUCGACCUCUGCAUUACCCCACCAUCAUGACUUAUCAACUCUGCGCCCGAUUAGUGGUUUUCUGCUGGGCAGGUGGCUUUUUAUCAAUACUGAUGCCUGCAGUUCUUAUGUCUCGGGUGCCUUUCUGUGGCCCUAAUGUCAUUGACCAUUUUUUCUGUGACCUGGGACCAUUGCUGGCACUGUCCUGUGCCCCUGUGCCCAAAACUACUCUAACUUGUGCCACUGUAAGCUCGCUUAUCAUUUUCAUCACCUUCCUCUACAUUCUUGGGUCCUAUACCUUAGUUUUGCGAGCUGUACUUCGGGUCCCAGCUGGCUCAGGCAGGAACAAAGCUUUUUCUACGUGUGCCUCCCAUUUCUUGGUGGUUUCCUUGUUCUAUGGCUCAGUUAUGGUGAUGUAUGUGAGUCCAGGCUCCAGGAGCCAUCCUGGGACACAGAAAUUUGUGACCCUGUUUUACUGCAUGGCAACACCAUUCUUUAAUCCUCUGAUCUAUAGCCUCCGGAACAAAGAUAUGAAAGAUGCAUUAAAGAAAGUCCUCUGUGCAUCAGAAAUUUCUAAAAAUACAGAGAAAUGA